AAUAUAAUGAGGUACCAUGGAAACGAGACGCUCUCUUGAGUCGUGCUAUAUCAGCUGGCUUAGAAGUCAGUGUAUUAUUUUCUUAAGUCUGUCCUUCAAUUACUGCCCAUAUUUAAGUAAUGCCUCAUAAAGCAGUCAAACUGGUGGCUGAAGUUUACGUUAAAGCGGUGACCUGUCCUGGAGUGCACCUACCAUGGAAGGAUGACAUUUACCUCAGUGUGUGCCUGAUGAACCAGUACAGAAUGACACAAUGUCUACCAGCUGUGUUCCCAUUACAGUUUAAGAUGAAAAUGAUGUUUGACAAGAUAUUCAAGUACACCAGUGAUCCUGCAGAUAUUGCUGAAAUGUUACAGUGUGAAACUGUAAAAGUUGAGCUCAUACAGUUGAUUCCUCCAGUUGGGGAAGUGUUGGCCAUAUAUGAGCUCGAUGCUAGAAGUUUUCUUUUCCCUGAGCCUAAGCUGGUGCCUUCUUUUUCUGGAGAAGACCGUGAAGUGCUUAUGACAAGAGACCCCACUUUCCCUGGUAUUUCUCCAAGAUUAGAGUUCUCCACCAGGACAAAAAUCAUCGAAUAUUCUGAGAGAGAUCUUUCCCAGAGCCUCCCUGUGAGAAUAUUAACAAGGAAAAGAGCAAAGUCUUCCAAGCAUCAGGGCUGCUUAUCUGCACCACAAGGCCUCAGGAGCAUAAGGAUGCCAAGGUCUCGUUCCCUCUCCCCGUUAAGGAGCUCCGGUUCAAUCUGGAACAACACUAAACCUGUAAAUCGAUAUCUCACUGAUGAUAACUCCUCAGACACAGAUGAGCUCCUUGACAACACAGGGAAACCGUCCCAGUGCAAUCGUGCAUCGAGAUAUGAGGGAUCUCCCAGCUCAGCUGCCCUGAUUCGCUUCAAAACAGCCUACCCGAAGAUGAACAGGUUUGAUUAUUUGUGUUCACCAAAUUCAUUGGAGGCGGUUCAGGAGCGAGUAUGCAGUCUCCUCACCUCUCCCAAAGCUGUGCACAGACUGGCCUAUGGUGCAACGAAGUCUGAAAGAGAUGAGGUGCUGGAACGCAGGUUUAUAUCGCAACCCUCGACUUUCUGAGAGCCAGAGUAAAAUACUAAAAUAUGAAUAUUUAUGAACAUCUUCACAAGAAUGCCUCAAUAUUAAAAAUAUUUUUCCAUUAUAUAACAUUUAUAUAAUUAAUAGAAUUAUAUUAUACACUCACCGAACCCUUUAUUAGCAACACAAUACUAAUACUGGUUAGAGCUCUCAGAACAGCAUAAUUUCUUCAUGACAUGAAUUCCACGAGAUGUUGGAAAUAUUCCUUUGAGAUUGUGUUUCAUGUUGACAUGAUUACAUGAAACCAGGUUGUAAUGACUUUUUCAUUGCAGUGAUGAUUGAUUGGUAUUAAUCGGACCAGUGUGUAACAAGAAAAUUACUCCACCAGCCUGAACUCGCCAUUGGUGCCAAAUUUUGGCUCUACCAUCUGUGUGUCUCAGUAGAAAGAUAAAUCAUACCAGCCUGUGUUUUUUCAGUAUUUAAAUGCCAUUUUGCUGAGUCUGUGCCCACUGCAGCCUCACCUUUGUGUUCUUGGUUGACAGAAGUGGAACCUGACUUGGUCUUCUGUUGGCUGUAUCUGCAUUAUGUUAUGAAUUGCAGUGCUGCCACAUGAUUGACUAAUAAGAUAAUUGCAUAGAUAAAUCUGUUGAGAUGUUCCUAAUCAAGUGCUCAGUGAGUGUAUAUAAUGUCAAGAUAUAAUAUCAUUUACUCAUAACAGUACAGGAAGCACUGGGUGAAAUGUUCUGCUGUUUUUUUAAGGUGGACACUUGAAUCCUGUUUUUUUCAAAUAUAAUAAUAAAGCAAAUAUACCGAACACAUUUCAGCACUAAUGAACUGCAUCACAUUUCAUUCAGGUGUCUGCACUUGUAUGUAUAUACGUGUGUACAUUCUGUUAUUCUUAAUAAUAUGUAAGAAUAAAUCAUUUAACACAUGGUGUUCUA